AUGCCAAACAUCCCCCACGAACCCGCCCGAGCGGCGACUGCAGCCAGUACACUCCUCGAACCAUCCGAGGAACAAGCACGGAACUUAGUUGUUACAGUUCAUCAUAUUUUCCGUGUGUAUUUUCUACUAUUCUGUAGAUUCCAAACAUUCAGACGAGAGGAGGGUGGAGGACCAGUCCGGAGACGCAGAUGUAGCACAAGACAACAAAUAACCUUCAGAGUGUCUGUGCUGAGGAGCAGCACAUUGACCUGUUACAGGUCUCAUAGGGAUGCUACUCCUCCCUGUCGGGUCGUCGUCCCUUUAGACCUUGACGAACAGGAGUUUGUUCGAGCCCUUCAAGAAAACAUCCCCGAGUUGCACUUUGAGCUUUGCCGAGUCAAUGGGCAGCGCAGCAUAAUAGUGUUGGAGGAGCAGUACAUACAUGUCCAGAAUGCCCUAGGGCGCUCUUGUCUCUACCUACACCCCAAGGAUGUUAUGUCAAACCCCUCCAUACCACUGGAACAAACACCAGCUGCACCACCAAUUGCAGUUGGGACCACUUCCCCUGCUCCAUCUCCACCAAUCACAAUCCACACCUCUUCCCCAGCUUCCUCUCCAGCUCACAAUCAUUUCUAUAUAUCCUCCGCUCCAUCAAGCCCAUACCAGGAGGGAACUGAAGAAGCUUUUGACAUUGCUGUGGCACUGUCAAUCCCUACAAUCAAGGGUUCACCAUCUGGCUCCCACAGCCAAUCAGAUAACUUCGCAAUGAAGAAUUUGAAUGUGACGAGAAAGCCUUCCGGCGACCAGCCUUCAAUCCACAGUCCAAGCUGGACAUCGUUUUCAUAGAUGAGGAUGGUCAAGGAGAAGGUGCCAUCGACGAUGGUGGGCCCACAAGGGAAUUUUGUAGGUUGCUAAUGCAACAACUCCAGGAGCAUCAAAUAUUUGAAGGGCCUCUUGAAGCCUGUACCUUGGCCCUUGACAGUGUUUUUUUGUUUGUUUUUUUCCCAACAAUGUCAGGAAACAUACUCAUUUAAUGUAUGUCUACACUCCACAGCUUUAUUUAACAUUACUUUGAUCAAUUUUAAUUUUCUUUCUUUUAUAGCUCUUCACAACAACACUUAUAGACUUGUGGGCCAAAUGUUGGCAGUUUGUCUCAUCCAUGAAGGGGUGUCGCCACACUUUUUUUCCAAAAGGCUUUUUAAUCAAGUCUGUGGUCUACCACCUAGUCCAGCAACCAUUGAAGAGUUGGUAGACCACAGCCUUAGGGCAAAACUGGAGAAGGCAAGUUUGGAAGUCAUUACACACUUUGCACACCUGUCUCUGGCCAAUAAAUGUUCAAGUAUUUGGUAGUGGCUACUCUCUACCUGGAGGUUGUAUUCAAGUCCAUCAGUCACCUGCACACUGAGUAUAAGCCCUCUUGCAAACAGCCUCUGUCAAUGUAAGUUUUAGAAGAAAGAAAGACCAGCGCGAUGCCUACUGUUCAUUCAAGCCUGGAAACAUAGAAGCAGCUUCAUGGGACACAAAGGCUGCGAAGCAGAAGGACAAAGAAGAUGCAGAUGACAAGACCUUAGUGGCACUCACUCCAAUUCCAGGGCAUACCGUGUGAGGUACGUAUCUUCAAGGACUUCAGCCAGAUGGGGAACUGGGGAAAAGCUGGGUAUCCAACCUUGCAUGACCUCCAAACAAUCAGGUAUUUUAUCAGACAUAUACAUUCUUGCACAAAUAUUGCCUUCUAUGUCAAUAGAAAUCAGUUGUGAAAAGUACCCAAGUACACGCGCCCAAUUACUCUUCUUUUUGAGGUACUACUCCACUACAUUUAUUUUGACGGCUUUAGUUACUAGUUACUCUGCAGAAUAUAAAUUAAAAACAUAUUCAAAAACUAGAGUAUGAUGUAUUUUCACAGAUAAAGCCACAAAGCAAAAUAUAAAGUAGUUAGAAUUAGCUUUACUUUCCAUCUUAAAAUGUGAAUGUAGGACUUUUGACAUACAGAAUAUCUCUACUGUGUGGUGUUGGAACAUUUACCUUUACACUAUGAAAGACAUACUUUGUAAUCUAUUAAAAUUCUUUCCCUCUUUUCCCUUUUAAAUUCUUCUAUCCAACUAUUUUGUUAUGUUUUGCCCAAGAACUUCCACUCAUCCUACGAUGGACUGGACCACUAGUGAUGCCCGUCAGCAGCUGGAGCCUCACGCAGACGCACACACACUGAUGUACAUAGGCUAUAUGGGUUACAGUUGUUCAUUAAAAUGAGCGUAAUUAUUUUUUUGCAUUAUUUUUAAAAUACCUUUACUGGUUUUAAUGGUUUUAAUAUAAUUCCUAAUUGUUCAAAGUAUUAAGUCAAAUAUCUAGUAGUAGUAAAGACUCCAAUCAAUUGUCUCUCACAAAUAGUCUGACAGAUUCGUCAUCCUGGUUGUUCAUAAUUAUGUUCUAAAAAAAUUUUAUAUAAUUUAGGCAGAUGGCCGCCCACCCUGAGCCAUGGUUCUGCUCGAGG